AUGGAGCAGUCGCCGUUCAGCAGCGAUCAACCAGAGGGGGGCGAGCAGAGGCAGGAGGAAAACAGGGAAGAGGAGGAGCAAGACCCCGUCGACGCACUGAACGAAAAACUGCGCACUGAAGCGAGGCGGCAGCAUUCCCUCCCAUCCAAGGGCCGUGGCAAGCCGUCGACGAUCUUGGCGAGUCCGGCGGCGCCCUUUCCGGUCGAAAAGUUGGUCGACGCGUGGAAUCUCGCACAACUGAAGAAGCGGGCCACGGAGGAACGCGAUGCUGUGGCACAGUACCGCCUGGCCAAGGCGUACAUUAAGGGACACCACGGCGUGGCCCAGAGCGCAGAGACUGCUGUUGGCUGGGCCGACAAGGCCGCCCGCCAGGGCCAUGCCGGCGCGCAGUUCCUCCUGGGCAAGAUGUACGCGGGCGGCUUCGGCGUGGAGCGGAACGCGGACGAGGUCCUGGGCUGGUGGACCAAGGCCGUUCGGAAGGGCCACAAGCAAGCCCAGUACCACCUGGGCCGCCUGUCGAGCGCAAAGCAACCGAAUGAAAUUGCAUUCUUACAAUCAAACAUUACACCAACCGAAGAUGAUGAUGAACAUCGUCGUUACCUUGCGGCUGCCGUCGGAUGGUGA